CGGAGAGUUCAAAGGCGCGCGGCGCUCCCGGAAGGGGCGGGGCCAAAGGCGGUGGCACUUCCGGGAGCGGCGGGGGAACAUGAGCUGGAUCCCGUUCAAGAUCGGGCAGCCCAAGAAACAGAUUGUACCCAAGACAGUGGAGAGAGACUUUGAAAGGGAAUAUGGAAAGCUGCAGCAAUUGGAAGAUCAGACCAAAAAACUUCAGAAGGAUAUGAAGAAAAGCACAGAUGCAGACUUGGCCAUGUCCAAGUCUGCCGUGAAAAUCUCCUCGGACCUGCUUUCGAACCCGCUGUGCGAGCAGGAGCCGGGAUUCCUGGAGAUGGUCACAGCCUUUGACACAGCCAUGAAGAGGAUGGACUCCUUCAACCAGGAGAAGGUGAAUCAGAUCCAAAAGACAGUCAUAGAGCCUCUGAAAAAGUUCAGCAGCGUGUUCCCCAGCCUGAACAUGGCGGUGAAGAGGCGGGAACAGACGCUCCAGGACUACAAGCGCCUGCAAUCCAAGGUGGAAAAAUACGAGGAGAAGGAGAGGACCGGCCCCGUCCUGGCCAAGCUGCACCAGGCCCGGGAGGAGCUGCGCCCGGUGAAGGAGGACUUUGAAGCCAAAAACAAGCAGCUCCUGGAGGAAAUGCCCAAAUUUUACAGCAGCCGCAUCGAUUACUUCAAACCCAGCUUUGAGUCGCUGGUCCGGGCACAGGUUGUGUAUUACACGGAGAUGCACAAGAUUUUUGGGGACCUGACGGCGCAGAUCGACCGGCCCGGGCUGAGCGAUGAGCAGCGGGAGAGGGAGAACGACGCCAAGCUGAGCGAGCUCCGGGCGCUCUCCAUCGUGGCUGAUGACUGAGGGGAGGAGGGAGAUGGCCCCCCCUCGACCCCAGCUCCCAGCCCAGGGGUGGAUUUGGGGCGCUGGAACUGCUCCCUUUGCCGCGUGGAUCCCUCCUGCCCCGACCAGGGGUGGGGGGCACAGCGGGGGCCACCCCCUGCCAGCGUCUGGAGAUUGGUUUUGCCUCCCCCCACAGACGGGUUUUGCCUUAAAUUGAGGGGUGUGGUGGAGCAGGGAAGGGAGGUGUCCCAUGUGGGUGAAGGUGGGUAUGGGGUGGGGGCUGCUGGCCUUUUCCAGGCACUCCCACAGUCCAGACCCACUCCAGGAGGAUGAGACACCCCACCCUCAUGCCCCUUCAUUUUGUGCCUUAGGAGCCCAGGGGAGGGUAAAAAUCGCUGAAAUCCC